CUGGGAGGAGCCGCCGCGCCGCAGGCAGAAAGAUGGCGAGCGUGCAGCUGGAGUUCCAGGCCAGCGCUGGCGAGGCGGACCCGCAAAGCCGCCCGGUGCUGGUGCUGGGCCAGCUGCAGAACCUCCACCGGCUGCCGUGGGCUCACGUGCGGGGCAAGCUGCAGCCCAGGGUCACCGAGGAGAUAUGGCAAGCGGCAUUAAAUACUUUGAACCCCAACCCCACCGACAGCUGUCCCCUCUACCUGAACCAUGCCACAGUAGCUGCUUUACCUUCCCGGGUGAGCCGACAUAACAGCCCAUCUGCUGCUCAGUUCCUGACCCGGGUUAUCCGAACAUGCUUGCCUGGAGGAACCAAGAGAUGCAUCCUUAUGGUAUGUGAGCGCUCAGAGGUCUUCGCUUCAGCUUGUGCCAUAGCUCGGGCCUUCCCACUUUUCACCCUUCGCUCCAGUUCAUCUAGACGUACGGAGAAGAAGACAGUGGUUGUGGAGUUUUUCUUAAUUGGGCAGAACAAUGGCCCAGUAGAAGUCGAGAUGCUGAAAUGUCUAGAAAGUGCAACAGAAGGGGUUAGAUUGGCAGCUCGAAUCGUUGACACCCCUUGCAAUGAAAUGAACACUGACAAGUUCCUGGAGGAAAUCAGAAAAGUGGGAAAGGAUUUGGGGAUUGUGCCAACUAUUUUUCAAAAUGAAGAACUAAAGGAGAAAGGAUUUGGAGGCAUCUAUGGGGUUGGGAAAGCAGCCAUUCACCCACCCGCUCUGGCUGUGCUCAGUCAUACCCCAGAAGGAGCCACCCAGACUAUUGCUUGGGUUGGAAAGGGCAUUGUCUAUGACACUGGAGGACUCAGCAUCAAAGGAAAGACAACAAUGCCUGGAAUGAAACGAGACUGUGGUGGGGCUGCUGCUAUUUUGGGUGCCUUCAAGGCCACUGUGAAACAAGGCUUUAAAGACAACCUUCAUGCAGUGUUUUGCUUGGCUGAGAAUUCUGUUGGACCAAAUGCAACAAGACCUGAUGACAUUCACGUUCUUUACUCGGGAAAAACUGUGGAAAUCAACAAUACCGAUGCAGAGGGGCGUCUGGUGCUUGCUGACGGCGUCUCCUAUGCUUGCAAAGACCUUGGGGCUGACAUCAUUCUUGACAUGGCCACUCUCACAGGUGCUCAGGGAAUCGCCACCGGGAAGUACCACGCGGCUGUCCUCACCAAUAACGAAGAGUGGGAACAGGCCUGUAUCAAAGCAGGCAGAAACUGUGGUGAUCUGAUUCACCCCCUCGUCUAUUGCCCAGAGCUCCAUUUUAGUGAAUUUACCUCAGCUGUAGCCGACAUGAAGAACUCAGUGGCAGACCGGGAUAACUCCCCCAGCUCCUGUGCUGGACUUUUCAUUGCUUCACACAUCGGGUUUGAUUGGCCUGGUGUUUGGGUCCACAUAGAUAUUGCAGCUCCCGUCCAUGCGGGAGAGAGAGCCACUGGCUACGGUGUGGCUUUGUUGCUGUCACUCUUUGGGCGUGCCUCUGAAGACCCUCUGCUGAAUAUGGUCUCACCAUUGGGCUGCAGCGGAGACUCCUUGGAAGACGACAUGGGGAGAGAUAGCAAGAGACGGCGCUUAGUUUAAUUCCCCUCCUCUCCCUAUUUUGGAGCUGGCAUGCCAGAAUUACCUCACUUUGCACUGAUCAAUUUCCUAAUCCUAAAAUAGCAUGUGUCAGAAAUGGCCAUUUCAAGUGUAAAAAGAGAAUAGACACAAAAGUUGUGGUUGCUUGUAUUCUGGUUUUCCCUGAUGAUGAAAAGUCCAGUUCUACUGGUUUCUAAGAAUGGUUUGCAUUACAGUUUUUUUUUUGCGAAUGUGUAACAGCUUUGCAGCUCCCAGCAGCCCUUGUUGAGGAGGGCCAAGAAAUGUUUCUCAUCUCUUCUCUUUCAAAAACUAUCUGAGCCUAUUAAUAACAACUGCUUGAUUUCUUACUUCCUAUAGAGUUUUUUUAGUUAGUUUCUGGAUUCUCACUCUUGUCAGGGCUUCCUUAGCCCCUUGUCUUUCACAAUAUAUAAAGUAGAGGGGGAAACACCACACAGUUGUCACCAUACAGUCUAGACCAGUGGUCACCAACUAGUGGGCCGGGAGGGUGGCCCUUGAGAAAAUGUUGGUGGUCUGCAGUGAAAUGUCACCCCCAAAGCAAUUAAUCCAGGCUGUGCGGGAACACAAGGCUGCACCGCCCACAUGGCCCUCAGGAACACCAGGCUUCCAUCGCAUUGCGAGCAACACGAGGUAGUGAAGGGAGGGGGGAAAAGGCAGAGGGGGGAACUUGCCCCACUCAC